AUGCCGUCUUACAAGCUCACCUACUUUGACGUCAAGGCAAGCAGAGGAGAAAGUAUUAGACUCGCUUUCCACUCCGGUGGAAUUCCGUUCACCGACGAGCGGUUGACGAUGGAGCAAUUUGGCGAGCGCAAGGAGUCCUGCCCGUUCGGUCAAGUACCCAUCCUUACAGUUGAUGACAAGACUGUGAUCCCCCAAGAAGGGGCAAUCUUGCGCUACAUCGGCCGAAUGACUGGUGCUUAUUCUGACGACAAAGAGAAAGCCUUAAAGCAAGAUGUGAUGAUAGAGUUUGGCGAUGACCUUUACUCUGCCGCUAGCGUCUUUUUCGCAAUGGACCACGCGGGCAAAGAGAUGUUGAAGAAAAACAGCAUUGACAAGCGGAUCCCAAAGAUGUUCGGUUAUCUUGACAAGCAUCUCUCCAACCAAGGAACGACCUACAGCGCUGGAAACGAUUUGAGCGUCGCGGAUUUCAAACUCUAUGCGGCCCUCACCCUCUUCAAAUCGGGUAUGCUCCAAGGCUUGUCCACCGAUAUUGUCGACAACUACACCCACGUUGCGAAACUCUACCAGGCGAUCGAGAAGCAUGAAAAGAUCGCUAGCUGGAAGAAAAGUCAAGCCAACUAG